UGACCAAAGAGGAGCCAUAAUGGAAAACACUGGAGAGCUAGCGGGUCGUACCAUCUUCAUCACGGGGGCGAGCAGGGGGAUAGGGAAAGCCAUCGCCCUGAAGUGUGCUCGUGACGGAGCCAAUGUCGUCAUCGCAGCUAAGACAGCAGAACCCCACCCCAAACUCCCCGGCACCAUCUACACAGCAGCUAGGGAGGUUGAGGCAGCAGGAGGAAAGUGUCUGCCAUGUAUCGUGGACAUCCGGUUUGAGGACCAGGUCCAGUCUGCAGUAGAGCAGGCUGUGCAGAAGUUUGGAGGGAUCGACGUGCUGGUGAACAACGCCAGCGCCAUCAGUCUGACUGGGACACUGGAGACUCCCAUGAAGAGAUACGACCUCAUGAACAACAUCAACACCAGGGGAACCUUCAUGGUGUCUCAGAAGUGCCUCCCCUACUUAAAGAAGAGCCACAAGAACCCUCACAUCUUAAACAUCAGUCCUCCCCUUAACAUGACAGCCAAGUGGUUCAAGGGAAACGUUGCCUACACUAUGGCCAAAUAUGGCAUGUCCAUGUGUGUGCUGGGGAUGGCGGAGGAGUUCAGGGAAGAUGGGAUAGGGGUCAACGCCCUUUGGCCAAGGACAAUAAUCGGCACAGCUGCGAUAGACGUCAGGGGGCAUGGCCGGGACGGUUGUCGCUCCACUGACAUCAUGGCGGACGCCGCGUACGUCAUGCUGACGCGUGACGGCAGAACUUACACGGGAAACCUCGCCGUCGACGAGGACGUUCUGCAGGAAGCUGGGGUCCGAGACUUCGAGCAGUACUCCUGUGUGCCAGGACAUGAUCUCUAUCCAGACCUCUUCAUGGAUGAAACGAUGGAAGAAUUAAACAAGAUGCGCCCUCCAGGAACCAGCAGAGGCACUGCAUGGGCACGGAAGACCAGCAAGUUGUAGCUAAAGCGGCAAAUGACUUGGAGUCACCCAAGUUCAAACUUAUCAUGUUCGGGCAUUGAAAUCUAGUCCCAUUUAACUGCAAGCAUUUCUACUGAUAAAAGAUAUGCCUACUUGUAAUGUGCAUAAGGCCAUGUGAUUGUUGUUAAGGUUCUGCGACUUGUCAACUCUUGAACCAAAAGAAUGCAAUAUCCAUUAUGCUAAAUCCUUUACUAGUUUACAAAAUAUAUGGAUGUUUCACUUGA